UUGGGGCUGGCAGAGUGGCCAAAGCGGCCGUACUGGCGACUCCGCCUCCGCUCCCGCUUGCUUGCCCGCGGCGUGGUCGCAAGUCCCUGAGGACCUAAAGAAUCUGGUGUUCUGAGCUUCGCUGCCCCCCAGGAAGGCAGGGGCGGCGGGGAAAGUGCCCUAGUCUAGGGCGGCUCGGACUGUCGGGGCCGCUGCACUGGGCUUUGUUUUCUGUGUGCCCCGUCGCAGACACUCUAGGCGGACGUGGAUCUGAGGCUCUGGGCAGUGGCCCGCGAGCUGGUCGGAGAUUUCUGGCACCCAGCGAGAAAGGGGAUACGAGAGAAGCCGAUUAUUUCUCUUUAUUCAGAAGCAUAACGUUGUUUGCUGAUUGCAAGAAGAUGUUUCUUUGGCUCUUUCUGAUCUUGUCAGCCCUGAUUUCAUCGACAAAUGCAGAUUCUGACAUAUCGGUGGAAAUUUGCAAUGUGUGCUCCUGUGUGUCAGUGGAGAAUGUGCUGUAUGUGAACUGUGAGAAGGUUUCAGUCUACAGACCAAACCAACUGAAACCACCUUGGUCAAAUUUUUAUCACCUCAAUUUCCAAAACAAUUUUUUAAAUAUCCUCUAUCCAAAUACAUUCUUGAAUUUUUCACAUGCAGUAUCCCUGCAGUUGGGAAAUAAUAAACUGCAGAACAUUGAGGGAGGAGCCUUUCUUGGCCUCAGUGCAUUAAAGCAGUUGCACUUGAACAACAAUGAAUUAAAGAUUCUCCGAGCUGACACUUUCCUUGGCAUAGAGAACUUGGAGUAUCUCCAGGCUGACUACAAUUUAAUCAAGUAUAUUGAACGAGGAGCCUUCAAUAAGCUCCACAAACUGAAAGUUCUCAUUCUUAAUGACAAUCUGAUUUCAUUCCUUCCUGAUAAUAUAUUCCGAUUUGCAUCUUUGACCCAUCUGGAUAUACGAGGGAACAGAAUUCAGAAGCUCCCCUAUAUUGGAGUUCUGGAACACAUAGGCCGCGUUGUUGAAUUGCAACUGGAAGAUAACCCUUGGAACUGUAGCUGUGAUUUGUUGCCUUUAAAAGCUUGGCUGGAGAAUAUGCCAUAUAACAUUUACAUAGGAGAAGCUAUCUGUGAAACUCCCAGUGACUUAUAUGGAAGGCUUUUAAAAGAAACCAACAAACAAGAAUUAUGCCCCAUGGGCACAGGCAGUGAUUUUGAUGUACGGAUCCUGCCUCCAUCUCAGCUGGAAAAUGGCUACACUACUCCCAAUGGUCACACUACUCAAACAUCCUUACACAGAUUAGUGACCAAACCACCGAAAACUACAAAUCCUUCCAAGAUCUCUGGAAUCGUGGCAGGCAAAGCCCUCUCCAAUCGCAAUCUCAGUCAGAUUGUAUCUUACCAAACAAGGGUGCCUCCUCUUACACCUUGCCCUGCGCCUUGCUUUUGUAAAACACAUCCUUCAGAUUUGGGACUGAGUGUCAACUGCCAAGAGAAAAAUAUACAAUCCAUGUCUGAACUGAUACCAAGACCCAUAAAUGCCAAGAAGUUGCAUGUCAAUGGCAACAGCAUCAAAGAUAUGGAUAUCUCAGACUUCAGCGAGUUUGAAGGACUGGAUUUGCUCCAUUUAGGCAGCAAUCAGAUUACAGUGAUAAAGGGAGAUGUAUUCCACAAUCUCACUAAUUUACGCAGGCUGUAUCUCAAUGGCAAUCAGAUUGAGAGACUCUAUCCCGAAAUAUUUUCAGGCCUUCAUAACCUGCAGUAUCUCUAUUUGGAGUACAAUUUGAUUAAAGAAAUCUUAGCGGGCACCUUUGACUCGAUGCCAAAUUUGCAGUUACUGUACUUAAACAACAAUCUCUUAAAGAGCCUGCCCGUUUACAUUUUUUCUGGAGCACCCCUUGCGAGACUGAACCUGAGGAACAACAAAUUCAUGUACCUACCUGUCAGUGGGGUCCUCGAUCAACUACAAUCUCUUACACAGAUUGACUUGGAGGGCAACCCGUGGGACUGUACUUGUGACUUGGUGGCAUUAAAACUGUGGCUGGAGAAGUUGAACGAUGGGAUUAUUGUGAAAGAACUAAAAUGUGAAACACCUGUUCAGUUUGCUAACAUUGAACUGAAGUCCCUCAAAAAUGAAAUCUUAUGUCCAAAACUCUUAAACAAGCCAUCUGCACCAUUCACGAGCCCUGCACCUGCCAUUACCUUCACCACCCCGCUGGGUCCUAUUCGAAGUCCUCCUGGUGGGCCAGUGCCUCUGUCGAUUUUAAUCUUAAGUAUCUUAGUGGUCCUCAUUUUAACUGUGUUUGUUGCUUUUUGCCUUCUUGUUUUUGUGCUGCGACGAAACAAGAAACCCACGGCAAAACACGAAGGUUUGGGGAAUCCAGAGUGUGGCUCCAUGCAGCUGCAGCUGAGGAAGCAUGACCACAAAUCCAAUAAAAAAGAUGGGCUGAGCACAGAAGCUUUCAUUCCACAAACCAUAGAACAGAUGAGCAAGAGCCACACAUGUGGCUUGAAAGAGUCAGAAACUGGGUUCAUGUUUUCAGAUCCCCCAGGACAGAAAGUGGUCAUGAGAAAUGUUGCUGACAAGGAGAAAGACUUACUACAUGUAGAUAGCAGAAAGAGAUUGAGCACAAUUGAUGAGCUGGAUGAAUUAUUCCCGAGCAGGGAUUCCAAUGUGUUUAUUCAGAAUUUUCUAGAAAGCAAAAAGGAGUACAAUAGCAUAGGUGUCAGUGGCUUUGAGAUCCGUUAUCCAGAAAAACAACAAGACAAAAAAAACAAGAAGUCAUUGAUAGGUGGCAACCACAGUAAAAUUGUGGUAGAGCAAAGGAAGAGCAGCGAGUAUUUUGAACUGAAAGCAAAACUCCAGAGUUCCCCCGAUUACCUUCAGGUCCUUGAGGAGCAGACGGCUUUGAACAAGAUCUAGGUCAUGUGAUCUUCAUGCAGAGGACAUUUAUUUAAUGAUGAAAGUGCCUUUUGUUGACUUCUAACUUCCAAAUACUAUAUUAUCAAUAGGCAUAGAGGCAGGUGUUUCCAAGGUGUCUCAUUAACUGCAGCUGCAAAGAUGUGUCCAGAAGAGAAUUUCCUUAAUAGAUUUUACUACAUAAAACCUAUACUGUGGAGUCCUGUGGGGAUACUGCAAACUCUAUUGCCAAAGGGAUGCUUUAUAUACAUAACACACUGAAUUUAACCUCAAGAGGCAAAUGUGUUUUGUACCCCAAUACAAAACCUUUGUCUCUUUGUGCUUUGUAAAGCAAAGUCAAGAAAACUGUACCAGUGUUCGCACCUCAGCUGGGUCCUUCAUCUUGCACGUAGAUUAAGUUGGUGGAACUGGAGUAAUCCUUUUGAUUUGUGGAAUUGUAACAACUCUGUGUAAAGAUUAUCUGAAAAGUAAAAAAAAAGCAUGCAAAGAGAGAACAUUCGAUAGUAUUUGUAAAUUGGUAACCUUUAUGGCCUGCAUCUUGAAACUGCUGGAUUUAUAAUGUUAAAUUGUGCAAAUAUUUGUUUAAAAUAUACCAUGCAUCACAUAACUAUAAAAUAAAUUUGAACACUUUAAGCAUUACCUGUCUAUAAUACAUAAAACCUAAAAGAGAAAAAAAUCAAUGUGAGUUACAUAGCGUUUGUGGUGAUCUGAAUAAAUACGUGAUGUUUAUCAGAAUUAAACAUGGCUCAAAUUAAACUAACAUUAGAGUUUGUUCUCAGUUAUGUGAAAUACCCACAAUCCUUAAAGGUUGUCCAAAAUUAGCAAAGUGCUUACCAUGUGAGCGCACCCAAAGCUAUUUUUGUAACAUAAUUCAUAUUUAUGAAGUACUUUGUAUACUAAAUAGGAAAAUAUGUACUCCUUAAUAUGUAUUUAAUAUGCCUGACUUGUUUUCCUGAUCACAGGGAAUUUAUCAAUAAGUAUAAAUUUAGGCAGAAAAAAUAUACCAAACUGAAACUGAAGUUUAUGUGUACAGAAAUAUUCUGGACAUUGUGAUCAGGUAUAAUUUAAAAACAAAACAAAAAAACCAAAAAACAAACAAAAAUAUUUAAAAAAACAGUUCUGUGCUAUUCUUGAGAAUUCAGCAUAUUAUCUUCAGAUUUGUUACCAACUGUGCAUUUUAAAAUAGGUCCCUUAGUUUUAUAGUAUCGUGUCUGGGGCAGUUGUUAUUUGCCAUCAGUUGUCUUGCUUUUCAGGAUUCUAGGAGCUUAACUAAAAUAGUUUUCAUGACAAAUAUUUUAAAAAGUAAUGAGUAAGGUUAAUAGUUAUAUCUCGCAUCAGUAUCCUGUUCUUUCAUCAUCCUGACUACUAUCAGAUAAUCAAGGAGAACAUUAAACAUCAUGGUAACCUCAGCUAUCAAAGCCACUCUGUAAAAUGCUUUCAUUGGUCUCAGAUGAGUUCAUAGUCUGCAAGUACAAAUGAUAUGCCACUGUGUUUGCUUGUGCUGUUAACUUCGGAGUGAAACUUGGUCAAAGGAAGGAGAUACUUUAUAAUGGGAGAUACAUGAAGAUUUUUAGGAGCUCCUGAUUAGCAAAGUGACAUCCCCAAACACGUCGCCUUCUUGGCCUACCUGUGUGUGUAUAUUUUUGGAGCUCCAUCUUUUAUAACUAUUGUAUUCAUCAGUAAGAUGACCAAGAAGGUAAACAACAUAGACAUUCUUCAUGAAUUUCAAGUGGCAGAUGUUUUAGUACAGUUUCCAAAAUGAUAUUAUGGUUAGAGUUGUGAUAUUAGUCCCUUUAUUGAUUACUAAAUUCAGGGUUUUCUAUGUUUGUUCCAAGAUUAAAAAAAAACCUUGGAAUUCUUGCAGGUGUGUGUGUGUGCAUACAUAUCAAUAAUUUGAAGAUUUUUUUUAAAUAGCAAAAAAAAUUGUCUGCAUAUGUGUGCCGGUGCUCCUAAAACUUUAAUGUGUAAUUUUAAUUUUCAUGACAAAAUCUGUGAAAACUUUAUAUGAAUAUUUAAAAGAUACAAAUACUUGCUUUCUGAUCUUGAAAGAAAGGACACGAAGAUGUGUGCCCAACAGCUUGUUUUCAUCUACAAUUUCAUAAGGACGUUUAAUAUACCAUUACCCUGCUUGCAUGCAUUCGUGGAUUAAAGGGCUCCUAAUGCAUACUGACAGGAUAAAUAUGGAAAGGCUUCACAGAAAGUGUUUUAGCUUAUCCUGUCAAUAAUGUAUGGAUGGAUUGAAAAAUCUUAAGUAGACACUUAUGGAAGGAACUGGAAAGCUCCAUCCAUGAUCUGGGAUCAUAGGUCAUUGGGAUGAUGCCUUUUAUUCAUUGUGGUGAUGCUUUGAAGAUGUUUCAAGGUUUCUGCAGUGGUCAAUGGCAAGAGUGCCUGCCACUAUCUCAAAGCUUGCUGUAGCAUAUUGGCUAUCUCAAACUUUUCUGCUGAAAGGUAUAAAUGUUCACCUUUUUUAAAACAAAAAAAAGUAAUUUAAAUAUAUGUGGUUAUUUGGAAGAUCUAAUUGUAAGUGAAUUACAGUAACACAUCCUUGGUUAAGGCUGAUAUAUUUUUCUUAACUGAAGUCAUUGUGCCUACAUUAUACAGUGUAUACUAUUUUGCAUCUGUCUCUCAUUAGUUCUACUUGUAUAUUUUAUGAUAACAUAGUUAGGCAUAAGUUUUUAGUUGAGUACAAGAGCAGUUAAAAUACUGUAUCUACAUUUUGUUGGCUUCAGCUAUAACCUUGAUGUUAGUUUAACCCCUUGAGGAAUGAUAUAUAUGUCAGUACAGCAUUUUUGGCAGAAUUUGAUUCAAAUCUAGAGAAUUCAAGAAGUGCUCAUUUCUAAUGUGGUCUGACACAUCAUGGGCUUCUUGGCACUGUAUCAUGUGCUUGGACUCUGUUAGAAUGGUUGCAAAGAAAAUAGAGUGUAUGAAUUCAGUGAAGGGGUUGAGAUAAUAUAUUAUGUUCAUGUAAUAUAAAUCAAGUUUUAAAUUAUUUUUUUAUGAAAUCAAUAAAGAUGAUUCAAUUCUUUAAAA